AUGUCGUUCGGUCGACCACCUACAUUCUCCAACUUCUCCGUGCUCCCACCAGAGCGCGGCAGCUUCCCGCUCGACCACGAAGGCGAAUGCAAGCAGGUGAUGGUGGAUUACCUCCGAUGCAUGAAGGACAAUAGGGCCGACAAUGGAAAGUGUCGACAGCUCAGCAAACAGUACCUCCAGUGCAGGAUGGACAAGGGAUUGAUGGACAAGGACGACAUGAAAAACCUCGGCUUCCAGGAAACCGAUCAGGCCGUGCCCGCCUCUUCCUCUUCCUCUUCGCAGCAGCAGUCACCCACCCCCGCAGCGACGGCAGGGAAAGGAUCCGGGGCAAAGGCUGUAUGA